AUGCCUGCCGGGCCGUGCCGGUCCCUGUGCCGUGAGGCGCUCACCUCCCGCGGCCACGUGCAGCGCCGCCGCCGCCCCGGAAGGGAUCGCGCCGUGCCCGCCCCGCGCGGGCGCUGCCGGAGCCGUUGCCGCGGCAACGCGCGGGCCGCGGCCAUGGCGGAUGGCGGGCACGGCUCAGAGCAUGAAGAGGAACAGCCUCAAUUUUCAGAUGUUCCUCAAUCAAAACAAGAUCCUGAAUCAAAACAAGAAUCAGUGCCUUUGGAAGCAGAAAUUCCUAUGGAAGAGCUUUUUUCUCCUCCUGCAGACCAAUAUCUGCUAUCUGUACUUGGGGAAGCUCCCCCUGGAGAACCCCCUAAUCCAAAAAAAUGUUCUCCUCGAGAAUACUUGGAGUUUUUCAUCUUCCCAGUGCUCUUACCAGGACUGGCUGCACUGCUGCAGGAAGCAGAGAAGGAGAAGUGUUUGGAGGAAAAAAGAACCAAAUUUAUUCCCUCUGAUUUUCUAACUGAGUGGUUAUACAACAAGAAUCCAAAGAGGAAAGAUGAGUCAUUCACAGAAUUGUUUUCCAUUCCUUUUGUUAAGGACUGGCUAAAGGACCAUCCUAGACCACCAGUUCCUCUAUCUCUGCUUCUGUCAGAAGAAGAAGCCAGCAUACUAAUUCAGUCCUUCUGGAGAGGUUAUCGGGUUCGUUGUGAUAGUGAAGUACAAGAGCUACGUCAGUGGCAAAAGAAGCUGAGAGAGGAGAGGUACAUUAAUGAGGUAGUGAGAAAAUUCUGGGCUAAACAGGAAGCCAAAGUGGGAAGCAAAUUAGAAGAGCAGGACAAACAAAAUCCUUCAACAUCUCAAUUUUAGUUUCCUCACUAAAAUUGCAAAGCACAGUGCUCAUGGACUUUGUGAUACUGAUUUAGAAACCCUUUUUAGCAUUAAAG